AUGCACACCUCCAUGCUCGGUCUCGCUGCCCUUGCUUCCACGCUCGUGGCAGCAUCCCCAAUGGAUCCAAUAGAUGUCGUGUGGAAAGCACCCAAGGUCGGCGACAAAUUCGGCAUCGCAGCCACAGGCGAAGGCAUCUUCAACAAGGGCCUCACUGCAACGAUGGGGGGCAUCUUCGUUGGAGGCAAGCAAAGUCCAUCUUGCGACAGAGGCGCGAGGCAAGACUUUGCGAAUUUCUGGCUCAAGGAGGACACCAGCAUCAGUCUGUACAAGACCGACAACCCUCCACAAGACCUCUGGGUUGACGCGUCGGACAUGGGCGGAGGUCUUGUUGGAUACACUACUGGAGUCUUUGAGCAGCUACCAAAGAGCGCGGCAAGAACUGGAUUCGCGGUCGAUCCUGACACGAGAGUUCUCACCUUCAACGGUGUUGGCGGCAAGGCGUGCCCGACUGGUGAGGACCAGAAGUGGACUCUUUCGUUCACCGACAGCGAGAGGCCUCGCAACCAGCAUGGCUGCGUCACCGUGGAGCUCAAGGCAUUUGUGCGAGAUACUGCAGUGUCGUGCUGGUACUCGGACUCGUCAUAG